CAUUUUCCAUUUUUCUUCAACCAAAAACAACAACAAUGGCUUCUUCUUCUCCAGAUCCAUUUUUUCUCCUCAUAUUUCUCACUCUUUUCCUCACCAUUUCCACUUCAAACUCACUUUCUUCCUCUUCCCCAUCACCCCUUUCUUCUCCAUCUCCAAAACCCUCUCCUAUUUCAACUCCACGAACUCAUCCAUCUUCAUCUAUUCUUGACCCAAAUCAGCUCAAAGCUCUACAAUCACUCAACAUCCCAACAGGCAAGACCCCAUGUUCCCCAUCUCACAAUACUACCACUAUUUGUGAUUCUUCAACCCCAUUUAGUCACAUUGUGUCAUUAAACUUCAUUAACUGCUCAGAUGAUGUUGCAUUAUCACUUACUGCUUUGAAAUCAUUGUCUACAGUGAAGGAUUUGGGGUUUUACAAUUGCCCCAUUUCACCUAUUAGGUUACCUUCUCAGCUUGCUUUGAAUCUGAAAUCUUUUACUUGUGUUAGUAGUUUGAAGAAAUUAACUGGGGUUUGGCUUAGCAAAUUGGUGAAUGUUACUGAUUUAACUGUUUCUCAUGUUUCGAUUGUUGCUAGUGGUCCAUCUAUAAUCAUGAAUAGUAUAAAGAAUUUGCACAGUGUUACGAUUUCGAAUGCUAAUCUUACUGGUUAUUUGCCUAAACACUGGCAUUCAAAUCUUAGUUAUGUUGAUUUGUCUGGGAAUAAACUGAAAGGGAGGAUACCCAGUUCGUUAACUGAGCUGGAGAAUCUUGUUUACCUCAAUUUGUCUUCGAAUUCACUUAAUGGAACGAUCCCUGCUUCGUUUGGUGAUUUGUCUUCUUUGCAAAAUGUGUCCUUGGCUUCGAAUUCGUUGUCUGGAUCUGUUCCGGAUUCGUUUGCUGCUAUUCCGGGAUUAGUUCAUCUUGAUUUGGGGUCUAAUCAGCUCAAUGGGACUAUUCCUAAGUUCAUUUCUGAUAUGAAGGGAUUGAAGUAUUUGAAUCUUGAGAGGAAUAACUUUCACGGGGUUUUGCCUUUUAAUGCUUCUUUUAUAAAGAAAUUGGCUGUGUUGAAGGUGGGAGGAAAUUCGAAUCUUUGUUAUAAUCAUUCGAAAUUGUCUUCUAAAGUGAAGCUUGGGAUUGCUCCUUGUGAUAAACAUGGGUUGCCUAUGUCACCUCCAGCAUCGAAGGAUAUAAGUUCGGAUGAUACCGAUGAUUCUGAUGAUUAUGCUGAUGAUGAGAGUCAGCACCAGGAACAUAGUCAUGGACCAAGUAAGGUUGUUCUUGGUAUUUCCAUUGCACUUUCCUCGAUUGUAUUCAUAAUUAUUUUCUUGAUUCUGUUGGCUAAAUGUUGUAAAUGAGCAUAAAAAUGAAAUCUUGGUUCGUUUAGUUUAGGAAAUUUCUUAAUUGGAUUAUGAAAUUUGUUUAGUUAAUUAUACAUUUGUAUCUUGUUAGAAGUAGAAGAGGUGGCUACUUUAUUUGGUGUGAUUCUUUUGAACAAGUUAAAUUGCUGGAGGAAGUAGGGGCUAAAUUGAUCUUUAAGUGUAUGAUGGGAGAGAUUGCCUAUUAAUGAAAUUUUCUUUUAUGUAUGUA